AGCACGCUUCAGAAAAAGAACUGAUCACUGAUUGACUCUCACAGAAGAAACUUUCAGUUGCCUUUUUCUAAGACGAAAAAUUAAAGCAGACUUUUGUGAAGACUACUGAACGUCACUUUCUAGAAGAGGUUGAAACGCCUAGCCAGUUUUACGAUCUGAGGCAUUCUGCAAAUCGCAAGAAGUCCAUCAUGUACAUAGCUGUUAAAUCAAGACUUCUUCACAUCUUUCUCCUUCUGGCGAUGGCGAACCGAGUUCUACCUAUAAACAUCAAAAUAGGUGCCUUGUACAGCAACGACUCCGAAAGGCUUUUCAAGUUAUUUGAACACCUUUUUAAAACGACAAAAGAGCAUAGGGAUCUAAUUUUGAGAAGGGAUUUCACGUUGCACCUAGUGUCGCUAAAUGUUGGUGGUGAAGAUCUCCUCUCUCAAGAGGUAGCGAAGAGAUUAAGUUCCGUCUACGUUGUCAUUGACCUAGCAUGUAAGAACGAGAAUGUUUUAGCCUUGAGCUCCCUCCUCCGAAGACCUUUGAUAAAAGUAGACAGCAUUGAAGAAGAAACGCCACACAAGUAUGCGUUAUCCCUGAGACCGUCGUACCGUGACGUCAGUGAUGCUCUGUUUGAUAUGAUGAAGUUUUAUUCAUUCACAAGAGUAGCUGUUGUUUAUGAGGCUCGGAAGGCGAGGCAAGCAUCUUUGUUCUAUGCAAAGAUUCGCAAGUGGCCAAGGUUUAAUGCAGAGAUGAUGCCAGAGCUUACUUUAAACAAUCAGUAUAAAAUGAGAGAGGCUCUCACAGCCUUACUGAAGGCACAUAUCAGGCAGGUCAUUCUAUUCGCCGAUCAGAAGGACUUGGCAGCGAUCAUGAACGAGGCACUAUUUGUGGGAAUCAAUGACAAAGACUUGAAGUGGAUAGCCUCCGAUCUGGAAGUGGCAGGUCCAAAAAAGACUUAUCCCUCCAUACGCGGUAUGGUUGGACUCAGUCUUCAUCUCGGUAACAUCUCAGAGGCGAAAGUCUUGGAAAAUAUAGCAAAGAAAGUCGAUACUGUGCCUUCUGGAGCACACAACUACUCUUUGGGAAUGUACUCCGCUGUACGUGAUGCAGCAUCCGUGGUAGUUAAAGGAUUAAAUAUAUUCUUGUCAAACAAAACCAACAGAAACUUAGCAAUUGAAUUCUCACCAAGCCAGGGGUGCCCCCUCCGAAGCAAGGAUGAUAAAAUGGCGAAAACAAUUCUAAACGAUUUUAAAAAGAUUGGUUCGUGGAGACCAGAGCCUGGAAACAAUGGACACAAUGUUCUGCCAGAGAAUAGUGAAGAGCCCAAGUGGCUUGGAUGUUUUUAUGAGUCUGUAAAAUGCCAUAAUCACAAUCCAGAUCUCACAAAUCUUGGCCUAAAAAUAAGCCUACCAAGGCUUAACAUUACUACAGUGCUGGAGCCACCAUUUGUAGAGGCAGUAAAUAAAUCUAUCAAACUUGAGGAUCUAGCUGGAAAAGUUACUGAAGGAGUUCUACAAGGAUUUCUCAUUGAUGUGAUUCAUGAACUGUCAAAAGAAGCAAAGUUUGAGUACGAUAUCUAUUUGAGACCUGACAGAAAAUAUGCAAAUGUAAUCGAGGAACUGAAAAAUCAGGAAAAGGAUAUGGCACUUGUACCAAUAACAAUAACUGCACAACGAGAGCAGGACAUUGACUUUAGUAAGCCAUUCAUGGACUUCAGUUUGAGCCUUAUUAUGCAGAAAGCCAAUGAGCCUGCUAUCAACAACUUUGCUUUUCUCCAACCAUUUACUGGUACAGUGUGGCUGUCCACUAUUGGUGUGGUUUUGUUUAUCACUGGAAUGAUGUGUGUCAUGGACUAUUUGAGCCCAUUUGGUUACCGUGCUCGAGCUCGUGAAUCAGACGAUGAGCCUGGAAAUGAGUUCAACCUGUUGAACAGCCUGUGGUUUGCUACAGCUUCUGUAUUACAGCAAGGUCCAGACAACACCCCACUGGCGCCUUCUGGUCGUUUGUUAGCCUCUACGUUCUGGUUCUUUAUCUUGAUUUUGAUAUCCACAUAUACAGCAAAUCUCGCAGCAUUCUUCACGAUCAAACGCACUGCUAAUACAAUUAAUUCGUUGGAGGCUCUAGCGAACCAAGACAAAAUAAAAUAUGGUGUUAUGAAAGGAGGUUCAGUUAUGACAUUCUUUGAGAAUUCAGAGGAUUCGCUGUACAGAAAAAUGUUCUCUCACAUGAGAGAGUACAAAACCUUUGUUGAUGGCACCAGAGCAGGUGUGGAACGAGCGAGGAACGAACAGUACGCGUACAUAACAGAAUACCCGUACCUGGAGUACUACAACCAACAGAAACCUUGCAAUACAAGACUGUUGAAAAAUCUGAUUCAAACCAAGAGCUAUGGGAUUGGACUUCAGCGUAACUCACCGUACACCAAUAGAAUUACAGUUGGAAUUUUGAACCUGCGAGAGAGGAACUUUAUUGAAAAGACUCGUCGAAGGUGGUGGGACGAUCGGAGUCAAUGUCCAAAGCCUUCAAAGUCCAAAACUGGCAACACACAGAGCCUUGACGUGAACAACUUGGCCGGUGUUUUUAUUAUUCUGCUGGGUGGUGUUGUGAUCUCUAUUGUGCUUGUCAUCAUUGAGAUCCGCUGCAGAAAGCUGGUGGUUCUGUUGACAAACGGGCAGCGAGCUAUAAAACAUCGCUUGAGACGCGAUUCGAAGGAACAAUGGGAUGACCCUAACAACACUCGUGUACGUGUGGGAGUGGUGUUGUCACAGGGUGACAGAGUACUUAAACCAAUGCCUCAGAAUACGCCUCAAACUUCUGGCUGGAGAAGGUUGUUUGGUAUGGAUUAGAAUAAUCGAAGAAGAAUCAGGAAUCUACAAUGUCGUAAAGGUAAAGAAGAAGCAGAUGAUGGUGAAGACAUUCCCAUGGAAAACAUUCGUUUCGUUGAACCGGGGGUUAAAGUCC